AUGACGCCGCCCCGCGUCACUCCCUUGCGGCUGCGGCUGCCUCUCGCCCCGGCCGCGAAGACUUGGGGUGGUGCGCCAUUGGAGGACGGGUGCUCCGGCCCCCGUCGGGAUCCAGAACGGGGGAUGGUGCAGCUCGCGGGGCGGCCGUUCCGUCGCCUCUCCGCGCUUUGGCUGCUGAGUGAGACCGAGAAGCGCCCCUUCGUGGAAGAGGCGGAGCGGCUGCGGGUUCAGCACAAGAAGGACCACCCGGACUACAAGUACCAGCCGCGCCGCAGAAAGAGCGUGAAGGCCGGCCAGGGGGACUCAGACUCCGGCGCCGAGCUGGGCCACCACGCGGGCGGCAGCGCCUUGUACAAGGCCGAGGCGGGCCUCGGCGACGCGCACCACCACAGCGACCACCCCGGGCAGACCCACGGGCCACCCACCCCGCCCACCACCCCUAAGACCGACCUGCACCACCCAGGUGGGGGCAGCGGCAAGCCAGAGCUGAAGGUAGAGGGGCGCCGCCUGGUGGACAGCGGCCGCCAGAACAUUGACUUCAGCAACGUGGACAUCUCGGAGCUGAGUAGUGAGGUCAUCAGCAACAUGGACACCUUCGAUGUCCACGAGUUCGACCAGUACCUGCCCCUCAACGGCCACUCGGCCAUUGCCGCCGAGUCGGGCCAGGCGGCCACUGGCUCCUACGGAGGUGCCUCUUACUCGGGGGCAGCUGGCAUGGGGGCAUCCCCGGUGUGGGCCCACAAGGGUGGCUCGUCAGCCUCGGCGUCGCCCACUGAGGCGGGCCCCCCGCGGCCCCACAUCAAGACGGAGCAGCUGAGCCCCAGCCAGUACAGUGACCAGUCCCACGGGAGCUCACCCAGCCGCGCCGACUACGGCUCCUACAGCGCCCAGGCCUGUGUCACCACGGCCGCGCCCGCCGUGUCCGCCGGCUCCUUCGCCGGCUCGCAGUGUGAUUACACUGACCUGCAGGCUUCCGGUUACUACGGUCCGUACCCCGGCUACCCGUCCAGCCUCUACCAGUACCCUUACUUCCACUCGUCCCGCCGGCCCUACGCCUCACCUCUGCUCAACGGCCUGUCCAUGCCGGCCGCCCACAGCCCCACCAGUAACUGGGAGCAGCCUGUGUACACCACGCUGACCCGGCCCUGA